CUCCAUCAUUGUAUUCUCAGCCAAGACUUGGCCUAUGACUUCUUUCACAUCAUUUAUUCAUAUUCAACACCUAUAUAUAUAAUCCCUCAAAUCAACUCUGUUUUCUUCACCAACAAGAACAACAAUGGCAUCUACUUCUUCUCACACAUUCUUCUCUUUUCUCUUGCUGCUUCUCCUACCCUUCUUCUCUUCCUCAUAUGAUCCCAACACUAAGCCUAACCAGCUUGCUCACUUGUCUUCACCGGCAUUCUUUCCGAAACUCCAAGCAGAAAAGCUCAUCCGGGACCUCAACUUGUUCCCCAACGAUGAGAUUAACACCGGAGCUCAUCACAACUCUUCAUUGUAUUCACCAAAGCUUGUCGAAAAACGGUUCAAGAUGCCUUACCUUGGUGCUGCCAAUGGAACUAGUGUUGAAGAGCUUGGACACCACGCCGGCUAUUAUCGCCUCCCACAUUCCCACGCUGCAAGGAUGUUCUACUUGUUCUUUGAAUCAAGGACUAACAAGAAUGACCCUGUUGUGAUUUGGUUGACUGGAGGACCAGGAUGCAGCAGUGAACUAGCUGUGUUUUAUGAAAAUGGUCCUUUCCAUAUUGCAAAUAACUUGUCUCUGACUUGGAAUGACUAUGGCUGGGACAAGGCGUCAAACCUUAUCUUUGUUGACCAACCUGUUGGAACUGGUUUCAGUUAUAGUUCAGAUAGUCGUGAUACUCGUCACAAUGAAGAAGGUGUUAGCGACGACUUGUAUGAUUUCUUACAGGGGUUUUUCACUCAACAUCCUCAAUUUGCUAAAAAUGACUUUUACAUCACUGGAGAAUCAUAUGCUGGCCACUACAUUCCGGCAUUUGCUUCUCGAGUUCACAAAGGAAACAAAGAAAAGGAGGGGAUUCACAUAAACUUCAAGGGAUUUGCAAUAGGUAAUGGCCUAACCAAUCCAACUUUCCAGUACAAGGCAUACCCUGAUUAUGCACUACAGAUGAGUUUGAUUAAAAAACCUGAUUAUGACAAAAUUACAAAGUCAAUUCCAGCCUGUGAACAAGCAAUCAAGACUUGUGGCGCCACUGGUGGACAACCAUGUCUAGAUGCAUACAGCGUUUGUAAUGACAUAUUUUCCCAGAUCAUGGAUAUUAUCGGCAAUAAAAAUUAUUAUGAUAUCAGAAAACAAUGUGUAGGAGAUCUGUGUUAUGACUUCUCAAAUUUGGAGACAUUCUUGAACGAAAGACUAGUUAGAGACGCCCUAGGGGUAGGGGACAUAGACUUCGUUUCAUGCAGCUCUAUAGUGUAUGAAGCUAUGCUGACAGAUUGGAUGAGAAAUCUGGAAGUGGGCAUUCCUGCUCUUCUUGAAGAUGGAAUUAGGGUGCUAGUGUAUGCCGGAGAGUACGAUCUAAUCUGCAAUUGGCUAGGGAACUCAAAUUGGGUUCAUGCAAUGGAAUGGUCUGGUCAGAAAGCAUUUGGAGAAUCAUCAACUGUUCCUUUCAAGGUUGGUGGUGCAGAAGCAGGACUGCUGAAAAUCCACGGACCCCUUGCUUUCCUCAAGGUCCAUAAUGCUGGUCAUAUGGUUCCAAUGGAUCAACCAAAAGCUGCCUUACAAAUGUUGACAAACUGGAUGCAAGGAAAUUUGGCGAUGCAUCAGUCAAGUGAAAGAACUGCUCCCAAGUGAUAGGCUGAGAUCCUUCUCAGAUUAUCAAUACAUGAUUUUCUAAUACUCAAAGCUUAUAAACUCCCAGUAUAGAGU